CGGAUGUCACACAGAGAGGAAGGGCUUGUCCUCACAUGUGAUUAGUGGGUGUGUUGUCGUUUCCCCUCAUUCAGUGCGACGUUUUAUUAAAGUUGUAAGAUGGCGACGGUACAUCUGAGGAUCGGGGACCUAGUGUGGGGGAAGCUUGGUCGUUACCCACCAUGGCCUGGAAAGAUAGUAAGCCCUCCUAAGGACCUGAAAAAACCCAGGGGAAAGAAAUGCCAUUUUGUGAAAUUCUUUGGAACUGAAGACCAUGCCUGGAUCAAAGUAGAACAGCUGAAGCCCUACCACGCCCACAAAGAGGAGAUGAUCAAGAUAAAUAAAGGAAAGCGCUUUCAGCAGGCGGUCGAUUCGGUCGAAGACUUUCUAAAGAAAUCAAAGGGGAAAGAACAGAACUUAGAUGGCAAAGGAGACUCAAAAGGAAAGAAGGCGUCCAACAAGCCAUUGAAAAUAUUGGAGGAGGACGAUGAGGAUCUGAGUGCCCUGAAGGACCCUUCUGAGAAGGACUUAACUGACUCUGACCCCGAGCCAUCCACUAUUGAGAGGCUGGGGGCUGGACCUGGCUCAGGAUUCAAAUGGGAAAGCAGUCCUGUGAAGGAUGACCCACAUUUCCAUCAUUUCCUGCUCAGCCAGUCUGAGAAGCCAGCCUCAUCUAUGGAACCCAUUAGCAAGCGCUUGAAGAUUGUUGAGGAGGACACAGGGUCAACAUCUAUCCAAGCAGCAGACAGCACAGCCAUCAAUGGCAGCAUCACACCCACAGAUAAAAGGAUAGGGUUCCUGGGACUGGGGCUGAUGGGUAGCGGCAUAGUGUCCAACCUGUUGAAAAUGGGUCAUGUUGUCACAGUGUGGAACCGCACAGCAGAAAAGUGUGACCUGUUCAUCCAGGAGGGCGCCAGGUUAGGCCGCACUCCUGCAGAGGUAGCUUCUAUGUGUGAUAUCACUUUCUCCUGUGUCUCGGACCCGAAGGCUGCCAGGGAUUUGGUGUUGGGACCCAGUGGAGUGCUGCAGGGAAUCAGGCCAGGCAAAUGCUACGUAGAGAUGUCUACUGUAGACCCAGAGACCAUCACAGAACUCUCACAGGUGAUCACGUCGCGGGGCGGUCGUUUCCUGGAGGCUCCGGUGGCAGGAAGCCAGCAGCUCUCCAAUGAUGGGAUGCUGGUCAUCUUGGCGGCUGGUGACAGAACAGUGUACGAGGACUGCAGCAGCUGCUUCCAGGCCAUGGGCAAGACCUCCUUCUUCCUGGGCGAAGCGGGGAACGCAGCGAGGAUGAUGCUGAUCCUUAACAUGGUGCAAGGCAGCUUCAUGGCCACCAUUGCAGAGGGGCUAACUCUCGCCCAGGCCACCGGUCAGUCACAGCAGACCUUCCUGGAUAUCCUGUGCCAGGGCCAGAUGGCGAGCACCUUUGUGGACCAGAAAUGCCAAAAUAUUUUACAGGGCAACUUUAAGCCAGAUUAUUAUUUGAAACAUAUUCAGAAGGACCUGAGGCUUGCCAUCUCCAUGGGCGACAUGGCCAACCAUCCAACCCCAAUGGCUGCAGCUGCCAAUGAGGUUUACAAGAGGGCUAAGGCACUGGACCAGUCAGACAAUGAUAUUUCUGCAGUCUACAGAGCCUACAUUCACUAGAGCGAGGUGUGACCUAUCCUCUGGACCACACAGUCUUUGAUCCCUUAUUAUUUCUCCCUCAUAAUCUAAUUAUUAUUAUUUUUUUUUUUUAUUAUUUUAAAAUUCUUGCCAUUUUGUUUCAUUCUGCCCCAGUGUCAGCCAUGUUACCUGCCCACAAGUCUUGGGAUAUUCUAAUUCCUUUGUUCAAAGCAGCCCAGAGCAUUGCACUGACUUUACUGGAGGAAGACAUGCUGUAAGAGUGCUCCAAAUGAGGUUGUACGGCUGCCACUGCUGCAGUUUCAUGUGGGGGCAGUUUGUCUGGUUUCUGACAACAAGAAAAAAAAAGAAUGUGGUAGAAGUAAUGUGUUUGGCAAGGAUGUGGGGGUCCAGUGCCACUGUGAAGAGAGCGGGGCGUCCGGCUCAAGCCAGAGAAAUUGUUGUCAGGUUUUGUGGAUGCAUAAACCCUAAAGAUUUUUUUUUUCUUUUUUUUGUUCAUGUGCAAAUGAGUUUAUUUAAUUGUGAUUUUGCUUUUCUUUUAAAUGUCCAGAAUUCCAUGAGAGAAAACACCAAGAACAUGCCACUGCAUUGCCUUAAUAUUGUAACCCCCUCGAGUCUUUCAAUAAUAGAUGUAUUUAUUUAUGUUUCUUUUUAGGUCUUCUGAGUGCAGUUUGGCCAUGGCUUGUUUCUGUAUUUGAUGAUUUAUGCUUUUAUGUUGGUGUUAAUGAUGUUUUUUGAGCAGGUUAAGGACAGAGUAACGGAUGUGUCGAGACCUUAAAGUGCAGUAAUAAUUGGUUUUCUCAUCAACGCUUGGGAUUACCACAUUGGAAACCCUUCAUUCUUGUGUUUGGAAGAGUUCUCAUUUCCACUGUUUUUCUUUUUUUUUUUUUUUUUAAUGUAGUUCUCUGAACUUAGAUGAAUCCACUUUUUGAGUUGCAUUUUAAGUGGAGGUCAUGAUUAAAUCCCAACAUCAGUCUUGCA